GUUAUCACGUGAUUUGGCCCUCCCGCCGUGUCAACAUGGCGGCGCCCAGGUGCUAAUCCGGGAAACGUGCACCUACACUAAUUCGGUUCCGUGUGCCGCUAAGGGCUGGGCGGGCAGAGGUGCUCGCGGAUGUCCCAUGCGAAGAUCGUUCUCUGGCUAAGCCUUACUCUCCGCUCCGCCCGCCGUCUAUAUAGAGCCCGAUUUAUUGGAGGGCAGCCCCUGGGACCUCCCCAUCCGGCAGCGAUGGAGAACGGCACCGGGCCCUGCGGAGAAGAGCGCCCACCUGAGGCUCAGGAGACAACAGUCACUGAAGGGGCCGCCAAGAUCGUCUUCCCUAGCGCCAACGAGGUCUUCUACAACCCGGUGCAGGAGUUCAACCGGGACCUGACAUGUGCUGUGAUCACAGAGUUCGCUCGCAUUCAACUUGCGGCCAAAGGAAUCCGGAUCCAGGUGCCAGGUGAGAAGGACAUGCCCAAGGUGGUCGUGGACUUGUCGGAGCAAGAGGAAGCAAAGGUUGAACUGAAAGAGGAUGAAAACCCGGCCCCAGGAGACCAACCUCCAACGGCUGCCGUGGGGAAGAUCUGUGAGGAAGGCUUGCGGGUGCUAGAAGGCCUGGCUGCUUCGGGCCUCCGAUCCAUUCGAUUUGCCCGAGAGGUGCCAGGGCUUCGAUCUGUUGUGGCCAACGAUGCCUCUUCCCGGGCUGUGGAUCUCAUGCGCCGUAACGUUCAACUUAAUGACGUGGCUCACCUGGUACAGCCCAGCCACUCAGAUGCCCGGAUGCUCAUGUACCAGCACCAGAAGGCGUCCGAGAGGUUCGACGUCAUCGCCCUGGCCCCCUCCGGCAGCCCUGCCUCAUUCCUGGAUGCGGCCGUGCAGGCCGUGAGUGAAGGAGGAAGCUGGGUGACGCCUGGGCGUGGAGCGGGGGCCCGGGAGACCUGCUACAGCAAGUACGGGGCCAUGGCCCUCAAGAGCCGGGCCUGCCACGAGAUGGCCCUCAGGAUCGUCCUGCACAGCCUGGACCUCCGCGCCAACUGCUACCAGCGCUUCGUGGUGCCCCUGCUCAGCCUCAGCGCCGACUUCUACGUACGCGUCUUCGUGCGCGUCUUCACCGGGCAGGCCAAGGUCAAGGCCUCGGCCAGCAAGCAGGCGCUGGUGUUCCAGUGUGUGGGCUGCGGGGCCUUCCACCUUCAACGCCUCGGCAAAGCGACCGGAGCCCCCGGCGGCCGGGUCAAGUUCUCUGCAGCCUGCGGUCCCCCAGUGUCGCCCGAGUGUGAGCACUGCGGGCAGCGACACCAGCUCGGCGGCCCCGUAUGGGCAGAGCCCAUCCACGACCUGGACUUCGUGGGCCGCGUCCUGGAGGCUGUGACCGCCACACCCAGCCGCUUCUCCACCUCCGACAGCAUUGAGUCCGCCCUCCUCCACGCUGGCUUCCGGGUCUCACUGUCGCAUGCCUGUAAGAACGCCGUGAAGACGGACGCCCCGGCCUCGGCGCUCUGGGACAUUAUGCGCUGCUGGGAGAAGGAGUGUCCUGUGAAACGGGAGCGACUGUCAGAGACCAGCCCGGCGUUCCGCAUUCUCAGCGUGGAACCCAGCUGUCCCUCCUCGACCCAGAACCCUCCACGGCUCCCACCUCACUUCGUAGGAGCCAGAAUCAUCCUUGCAGCUCACCAGCCCCUGCAUAAUUCAUGUGAGAGGUGCAGCCGGCCAGUCCACACGACACACUCACACCAACACAAGCCAGUCUGGACCUCGAGGUCCAGCGCCCCCUUACCAUCCCGGUCCGUCUCCAGGUCCGCCCUCCUCCACGCUGGCUUCCGGGUCUCACUGUCGCAUGCCUGUAAGAACGCCGUGAAGACGGACGCCCCGGCCUCGGCGCUCUGGGACAUUAUGCGCUGCUGGGAGAAGGAGUGUCCUGUGAAACGGGAGCGACUGUCAGAGACCAGCCCGGCGUUCCGCAUUCUCAGCGUGGAACCCAGCCUGCAGGCCAACUUCACCAUCCGGGAGGACGCCAACCCCAGCUCCCGCCAGCGAGGACUUAAGCGCUUCCAGGCCAACCCGGAGCCCAACUGGGGUCCCAGGCCCCGUGCCAGGCCCGGGGGCAGAGCUGCUGGUGAAGCCCUGGAGGAAAGACGCAGGCAGCUUCAGAACAAGCGCAAGGAGCCGGCCGAGGACCCCGCCCAGCGGGCCGCGCGGCUCAAGACGUUUCCCUGCAAGAGGUUCAAGGAGGGCACUUGUCAACGGGGGGACCAGUGCUGCUAUGACCACAGCUUCCAGAACCCUGAGGCCGGUGCCGACGCUAGCCCCUCCGACUGUCCAGAGACCCUCGACCAGAACCCCCCUGGACCUGGGGCGGCCACUGGACCGGGUGUCGACUGAAGCAAAUAAAGACAUGUCACAUGA